AAUGGGCUCGUGACGUCACCCGCCUUCCCUAGUAACCCGGCUCGGCGUCUCCGCUGGAAAAACAUCAACAUGGGUUUGUUAUCAAUCCUUCGGAAAUUGAAGAGCGCCCCAGACCAGGAGGUGCGCAUCCUGCUUUUGGGCCUUGACAAUGGAGGAAAGACAACACUACUCAAGCAGCUGGCUUCUGAGGACAUCAGUCACAUCACCCCUACACAGGGCUUCAACAUUAAGAGUGUGCAGUCCCAGGGCUUCAAGCUGAAUGUUUGGGACAUUGGAGGCCAGAGGAAGAUCAGACCAUACUGGAGAAACUACUUUGAAAACACUGAUGUGCUUAUAUAUGUCAUUGACAGUGCAGAUCGGAAAAGGUUUGAAGAAACAGGACAGGAGCUGGCCGAGCUGCUGGACGAGGAGAAGCUUAGUGGUGUCCCUGUUCUUAUCUUUGCCAACAAGCAAGACCUGCUCACUGCCGCUCCAGCCUCAGAGAUUGCAGAGGGCCUCAACCUGCACACCAUUCGAGAUCGCAUGUGGCAGAUUCAGUCCUGCUCUGCUCUUACAGGAGAAGGAGUCCAGGACGGCAUGAACUGGGUCUGCAAGAAUGUCACAGCAAAGAAGAAAUAGGAGCAUUGGUACAUUUCUACGCUUUCCAGGCAUUGUGUGAAAAAGUGAACACUGUGGACUAUGGAUUCUUCACCAGCUGGUCCAGGUUAUAGGGGAAUGAACUCUACUCAGACAGCAGCUGAGGAGGACUAGGACAAGACCUUAAACCCCUGACCCUUGCAAAUGGCCACCGCCACUGCACUGCAAGUCCCCAGCCACAUUCCCCAUGGAUCCACCAUGUCCUGUCACCAAUUCCACUCUCAUUUUACUGUUCAUUUAGCCUAAAACUAACUGACCACUACCCUUAAGAUCUACGUAUAACCAAAGUACUGCAGCUAUCAAACCUCACCUAGGCCCUAAACAGUAGUGCUAGCCAAGCAUAGGCCCUGCAGCCACCUGACAUUCAUUUCAAGACUGAGCUUCGUUUCUACCCCCCCCUCUAUAUGCGUUCUCUCUGCAAAGGCUUGUUACUUCAUGUAUUGCAGUUUUAUGAUGUGCGAUCAGCCAUGGAAAAAUGUGUGGUGGUGCGCAUGUGUGUGUGCGUGGUAAGUGUGGAAACUGGCUUUUGUGUCAUUACUUGAUGUGGAGUGUUUCUGGUACAGAGAUUUUUGAGUGCAUACUAAUUUGAGGUGUCAGAGGACAUGGACACACACUGUAGAGCCUUUUUUCCAUUUCCUGGUUUUUAUCUGUUGCUUCUUUUGGAUGUUUGAGAAGAAUUUUGAUGUUUGGCCACCUUGUUGUGGUGUUUGUUUGUUUUUUUGUUCCCUGUGUAACUUAUGCUCCAAAAGAGCAUUCUGCUGGCUUGAACUGUAGUGUUAUGAAAGCCUGGAAAUUAAGUGCACAUUCUAAUUUAAUUAGUGGGACAGCAUCAGGCUAAGACAGUGCAUACCUCUGGAAGCACAGCCACCUCCUCUUCCCUUAGGACAGGACAUGAAUGGAAUUGUUGACAGGUGUGCUGGUAACAGGUUUAGCAGGCUUAAGCAUCUGGUUGUGGCAGCGAAGAGGUGCUUUAUAUGUGUGAGACUGAAUGCUUGCCCCAGGGUGGACUGAUCCAAGAGUGACCAAAGUAGGGGAAAGAUCUGCGGAAAGCUCAAGAAAAGGGACUUUUGUGUGCUUGGAGGGUUACUUAUGUAUUGUUGCCGUCAGGACAAAAUCUUAUAUCUACAUUGUUUUUUGUUUAUUUUAUGCUUUGAAACCACCAGCUGACCUUUAUAUUGGAAGAAUAUUUCAUAAUGAAUGGACCAAACAAAAUGGUCCAAAAUCACUUGCAGGAAAACAAAAAACUUCUAUUAUAAGUUAACAAUGUCUUUUUUUUCUUUUUCCUGUAAGUUUACAGUUUUGGACAUAUUAGGUGUUGUUCUGACAGUGAUGAUAUUCGAUUACUGUACUAUUUCCAGUUGUUUGGCUUACUUUCUGAAUUGUUUUGAAAAAUAACUGAAUUAAACCAGUGUAAUAAAAUAUGUUGCGAUAGCUGUGUAAUGCGUAGGGGAAAAAAAGUUAUUUACAACUGUAUCUGGUUUUAAAGAAGCUUCUAACAUGAUAUCCAGCAUAAUAAAUGUAUUAGAAAGAAAAGACAUACUACUAACAUAAUGGACCAACAGCUUACAGCAUGGCUUAAGCACCUGGAUCUUUUGAUGAAACCUGUGAGAUGGAUGCCAUAAAAUGCAGAAUUUGGUCAGAAAUCAAACUGUCUCUUUAUAUAUGAAUUUCUUUCAAAGGUUUUUUGUGUAUGUGUCUUGUUUGGUUUUGUUUAUCAUAUUUAAUGAUUAAAUUGGCACGGCUGUUGAAACAUUU